CUUAAAUUUAUUUUGGCAUUUGAUCCCACUGUCACAAUAUUUUAACCAAUGGCAGAUAUAUUAGCCGAAGAGCUAAAGAAAUUGGAAAAAAUCUAUCAAGAACAACUUUUCAAAAACGAUGUUACAUCAAAGGCACAAUUUGAGUACGGCUGGUCUCUAGUAAGAAGCAAGUAUAAGGCUGACAUAGAAAAAGGCGCCAACCUUUUUGAGGAGCUCUACAAAACUGAUAAAGAAGGACAAAGGAAUUAUCUAUAUUAUCUUGCUGUAGGAAACGCCAGACUUAGAGAAUAUUCCAAAGCACUGGGUUAUGUGGGCUUAUUUUUGUCAGUUGAACCAGAUAACCAACAGGUUCGGAGUUUGCAAGAAACCAUCAAGAAAAGAAUGAAGGAGGAUGGCCUGACGGGUAUGGCUAUAAUUAGUGGUGUUGCUUUGGUUGUAGGCGCUAUUAUAAGAAUAGGAAUGGCUUUUGCCCAACGAUAGUCUUCCUCAAUCAUAUAAAUAUGUCAAAGUUUACAAGUGAUUUUACUAUAUAUUUGUUUAAAUGUAUACAGGAUUUGUUACUUUUAACUGUUUUGUAAAUAUGUUGUCUUUUUAUUGGGGUUACCACUUUUUUCUACAUUUUACCUGGAUAUAGUGUUUUAAAUGAAAAACAGUAGUGUUAGUUUUUUAGUCAAUAAGCAGAUGUCCUGUGAAUUUUUAUUACCUUAUCAUCUAGACGACAAAUAAAUCUUUCAAAAAUAUUCUCUUUGUUGAAUUCAUGAGUUCUAUUUGCAAUUUUGAUUAAAAGAUGUAGAUGGCGA